CUCCGAUUCCCUAUACCUCAGUACAUCUUAUAUACCGGUAGAUUUCCGUUAUGGGCCUCUGGCCAUUUUCUAUGAAGUGCAGAGAUAUCACUACAUAACCGAUUCGCCAGUUUGAGUACCAAGCUGCUCCUGAUAUGGACUUUAAUAGACCAGAAGGUGGGGGAAAAAGUGCACCACCAUCUGUUCGGAUGAUGGAGAGUUGGCAACAGGCGUUGUUCGAGAGAGACAGGGCCAUUGAAGAACUGAGCAGAACAAGUCAAUUCCUCAAGUCCCAAAACGAUGCGUUGACAAAUCUGUUGACCAAUCGUACAUCAGGCUUAGGUCUUCCGACGGUUAUGGACCUUGGAUAUAGAUUAGAACAAGAUAAGCUAUUUUCGUUGAAGAGGUUCACCAUAGACUGCUUGCCAGUUAGAGGUGUAUGUUCUGUGCUAAAGAGACAGUACUUUAUGACGAUGGCUUCCUUGGACAACGUCAUUGAUCCAAUAACCUUUGAUAGGGAGUAUGAGACUAUGUGGUCCAACAUCAUAGGCCACAGGAUGGCUCCUCUGGACUUGAACUUUAUGGCACUCGUACUAAUAGUCAUUGCGAUUGCACUGCGGACUUCACCAGAGGAUAUGAUACUUAGCAGUGAGGUACUACUGAGACAAUGGAGAACACCAGAAAGUGUCCAUUCUAGUUGUACACAAUGGUUUAGCACUUCAAGACAGGUGCUUUCCUUUUACCACGUUGACGAUAUGGUUAGACACCAAGUCCUUUCUCUACAGACCCUGUUUUGUCAUUUAACGUGCGAUUACUUAUCCAUGGACCAGUUGAUAUCACAGAGAGCAUUUGAAAGCAUGUCUAUAGGGCUGGAUGAUCCAAGAGUUUCCAAAUUUGGUGGACAAGGAAGGCUUCUAUGGUGGGAACUAUGUUUUAUUGAUACUGAGAGGUCACUGCUGACAGGUAAAGAUCCUCGUAUAAGGAGUUAUAGAUCACAAAUACCUAUUCAUACAUUCGACAAGGGUAGCUAUGCAGUGAAAUUGGAGACAGACUUUCCCGUAUACUACUCAGAGCAGUGCAAGAUCAUCAAUCGAGUAUUUGAGAUUGAUCCUAUGGAACAAUCAUCUAAGAAGUUGAAAUUGCUGUUAGACAUUGAUCAAAAGCUCGUGGAUCAUUAUAACAAUGUGAAUUCCAAGCAGAGCAUCCAAAAGAACAAAGCAAGCCGAUUCCAUAAAAACAUAUUCCACUUAAAGGUCAAUAUCCACAGGUAUAGGUUAUUCGAGAGCUUCCUGGAACACAGAAUCCCAGUGUGUAUGGAGAUAUGUUAUAUCGUUUGCAGAGACAUGUUUAACGCCUACAAAGAGUUGAAGCAGAGGUUCAUAGCGAGCCAGGACCCAAUGUUCAUACCACAGCUGCCACAUUUAAUCCACGGGGCCAUCAUCCUCAACGCAUGCCUACUCUACCAUCCGGAGCUGAAAGACAAAGAACGGGAGUUGUUGAUCGAGGACUCCAACAUGGUAAGGAACGAUAUCGGAUCCAUAUCCUGCUUCGUGCCUUUACAGUGUGUUACAGAAGGGAAGGAGAUCUUGGAAAAGAUGAGCUCAUCAGCUACUGGCUGCUCGUCUGCGGUGGAACCAGUGAUGACGGAGAGAAGAGCCUCGUCGUCCUCAAAGACAGGGCUCAGCUCGUUAAUCCAUCACAUCCCGGACAGGGCACUCGACAGUAGUGUCGAGACUUCAGAAGACACGAAACCAAAGUUCGCUCAACCCAUCGACGUGCACCCACAGGAAGAUAGGAGACGGCUCUUUGGCCGUUUCUUCGCUGGCUACGUAUAGUUUCGUCUCCUAGCUCUUAGCCGUCUGUACAUAAUCAACGUCUUCGCACUGCAUAGUACCCUCCUUGCCAAGGACCAGCUCCUCUCAACGCCUUUCUUAGGAAGGCGUUAUUGGAA